AUGGUUUUGUUGUAUAAUAUUUAUUAAAUUUUGUUUUCUUUUAGAUUAUUUUGGUUUAUGUUCAUUGUAAUGGGUAUUACUUUCGCUACUUAUGUUUGUGGCACUACUUUGAUAUCUUUUCUUAGAGAUCCUACAGUUACCGCUUUAGAUACUCAAAAAUAUACGGUGUAUAGUGUGCCAUUUCCUUCGGUGGCUGUGUGCAGUAAUAAUAAGUUUAGUCGUGAGGCUGUUCGUAAUUAUGCUUUGGAUAUCACUUUACGCAGUUUUGAUUAUAAUCCUCCAGAAUAUUGGGAACAUAAGUUACAACAGUUAUCGGGUCUUUUGAAUACCGAUUCUAUAGAUUUUGAUGAGGCCUUGAAGUUACACAAUGAUUUGGAAAAUAUAUUCGGUGAACCCUUCAAUACACGAAAGAUUAUCAAAAUGUUGGCACCAAAAUGUGAAGAUUUAAUAGUGAAAUGUUUUUGGGCCGGGGAAAUUAUCGAUUGUCGAGAACAAUUUCAGCAAAUGGCGUUUGGAGAUGGAGCCUGUUGUGUAUUCAACUAUCAAUAUAAGAAAAAUCCCAACUCUUUGUACUAUCCCAAUUCAACGGGUCCCGAAAUGGGUUUAACUCUCAUCUUAAACUCCACCACUUCCGACUAUUUCUAUGCCGAAGAUAGUACAAUUGGUUUUAAUAUUAAGCUAUUUGGUACACAACGUAUACCUGAUGUCUCCAUGGGAGAAAUGGAAGAGUUUCAUGUUUGUCCGGGAGAAGAUGUCGAUGUUAGAUUGAAAUUGGUAUCCCAGAAAACCGUAGAAGAUGCCCGCUCUCACAGUGUUCGUAAAAGAGGUUGUUACUUUCCCUAUGAACAUAAAGAGGCGGCCUUUGAUAAAUCGGAAUGUUUAUUAAAGUGUAAAAUACGCAGUAUAGAAUCGUUGUGCAAUUGUAUACCAUUUUAUGCCUCCAAAGAUGAUAUUGAGUCUAAGAAAGUGGAUGAGCUUAAGGAGCAAUGUACUCUAGCUAAUUCGGAAUGUUUGGAACGUUAUAGAGUUACUUGGCAAACUUAUUACCCAGUAAAUGUCGAUAUAAAAUCUCAUUUAAAGGAAUUGCUUUCGGAUUCUUUAACUUGUCCCGAUUGCUUGCCGUUGUGUUCAUAUAAUCGCUAUUAUUAUCGUAAAUAUGUUAAUCGAUUAAGACAUACCUUUAGGCAGCAUAUUAAUGAAAAAUAUUUAGGUUCUAUAUCUCAACUACCACGCGAAUUGAGUCUUGUUAAAAUCUUUUAUCCUUCUGAUAUAGCCAUCAGAUACCAGAAGAAUGUUCUUUAUAAUUGGUAUCAAAUUUUGUCCAAUAUCGGUGGAGUUAUUGGCAUUUGUAUGGGCUGUUCCCUUAUCAGUGGCAUUGAGAUAAUAUAUUUUGGUUGUUAUCGUUUGGUGGAAAGGUAUUUGAAAUUAAAAAAAAGUAAACAAUAA